GAGUGAGGUAGUGAGUGGCUGCCACCUGCCUCUAGCCACUUUUGCCCUAGCUAACUUUUUUUUUUUUUAAUGAAGGGGAAGAAUUUAGGCGGGGGAUGGGGGUAGGUUGGUAGUUGGGAUUUCUUUAUUUUUGAAUUCGACCGUCUGAUUUUAUUUUGUUCUCCUGUACCUAUCCCCUUAAAUCUCGAGGCACUAUUUUAUAGUUUCAGUGCGCCCCUGGGGACAGAGCAACUUGGCCCGCUCAUGAUCAUGCUAGAGUUCCGAAGCAGAAAGGGAAAAAUGUUCGGGCUCACCUAUGCAACGGGAGAGUGGUCCGCUUAGAUUGCGCAGCGUCAGGUGAAUGACACUUGCCAGCGUUACAAAAGAGCUUCAGGAGGAAGACCUGUUCCUUGCACGAGCGUCUGUGGAUGGAGAAGGAGGAGGGCCGGCGCUCAGGUCCGCCUUGGCAACUUGGCUGAGGUGGGGUAGACCCGGGAGACACUGUAGCCCCCGCCGCCCACGGACGCUCCUCUGGCAGAGAACCGGAGGAGGCGCGGAGCCGGGCACGGCGGCCUGGCUGGGCGUCCGCUCCGGCCAGGAAGGAGUUGGAACAUUUCGAGAGGAGUCCUCCGGGGGUUUUGCCGAGCCCAGGCGGCCAAGGCAUUGGUCGCGCAGCAGCCGAGAGAGGCGCUCAGUUUCUGCCGCACCCCCUCCCACAGCACUUUGGCCGACACCCAGGGGCGCCCCGCCCCCCUCGGGCUUAUAGAACCGGCCGGGCACCUCCGCACGCCUGGGAGCCGGACGCUUCCCUGAGCCGACGGCGCGGCUGCCUGUGUCGCCUGAAAGCCCCGCCGCCGCCGCCGAAGUGGCGAAGUGAGGCGGCGGCCGAGCCCCGCAUCAUGGAGGGCAGCUCCGCCGCGGCCCCAGCCCCAGCCCCGGUCGCCACCGACAGCCGCCGCCUCCCGCGUCCGGUCUGCCGGCUCUCGUCGCUGCUCUCAGGGCUCCGUUCCUUCCUCACCUCGAAGACAGUAUGAAGGAGACCCGGGGCCACGCGAGUGCCCCUUUCUGCACGCGCCUCAACCACUCCUACCCCGGCAUCUGGGCGCCCGAGCGCUCCGCUGAGGCGCGGAGCAACCUCACGCGUCCCGCGGGGCCCGGCGAGGAUUGCGGCUCGGUGUCCGUAGCCUUCCCGAUGACCAUGCUGAUCACUGGCUUCGUGGGCAACGCGUUGGCCAUGCUGCUCGUGUCGCAGAGCUACCGGCGCCGGGAGAGCAAGCGCAAGAAGUCGUUCCUGCUAUGCAUCGGCUGGCUGGCGCUCACCGACCUGGUCGGGCAGCUGCUCACCAGCCCGGUGGUCAUCGUCCUGUACCUGUCCCACCAGCGCUGGGAGCAGCUCGACCCGUCGGGGAGGCUGUGCACCUUCUUCGGACUGACCAUGACCGUCUUCGGGCUCUCCUCGCUCUUCAUCGCCAGCGCCAUGGCCGUCGAGCGGGCGCUGGCCACCCGGGCGCCGCACUGGUACUCGAGCCACAUGAAGACGAGCGCCACCCGCGCCGUGCUGCUCGGCGUGUGGCUGGCGGUGCUCGCCUUCGCCCUGUUGCCGGUGCUGGGCGUGGGUCAGUACACCAUCCAGUGGCCCGGGACGUGGUGCUUCAUUAGCACCGGGGCAGGGGGCAACGGGACUAGCCCUUCGCACAACUGGGGCAACAUUUUCUUCGCUUCCUCCUUUGCUUUCCUGGGGCUGUCAGCGCUGGCCGUCACCUUCGCCUGCAACUUGGCCACCAUUAAGGCCCUAGUGUCCCGCUGCCGGGCCAAGGCCACGGCGUCUCAGUCCAGCGCCCAGUGGGGCCGGAUCACGACCGAGACGGCUAUCCAGCUCAUGGGGAUCAUGUGCGUGCUGUCGGUCUGCUGGUCGCCGUUGCUGAUAAUGAUGUUGAAAAUGAUCUUCAAUCAUACAUCAGUUGAGCACUGCAAGACGUACACAGAAAAGCAGAAAGAGUGCAGCUUCUUCUUAAUAGCUGUUCGCCUGGCUUCGCUGAACCAGAUCUUGGAUCCCUGGGUUUAUCUGCUGCUAAGAAAGAUCCUUCUUCAAAAGUUUUGCCAGAUCAGGCACCACACAAACAACUAUGCCUCCAGCUCCACCUCUUUACCCCACCAGUGCUCCUCAACCUUGAUGUGGAGUGACCACUUGGAAAGAUAAUGAAAGAACGGAGGUGGACUUUUUAUUGCAAUUCCUGCUUCCCUGAGUUUGUGUAUUUCUUCCUACCUGAGAAGGAGAAUUUUAUAUUUUGAUUUGGAUUGUUUCUUCUUUUUCAUCUUUUUAAAAAUUUUAAUGUUUUUUCUUGUCAGUAAUAUCCACUGAGACCAAGUUUAUUACUGCAAUACGUGUCUUUGAGUAUUAAAAAUUGGUUUCUGGGACUGGAUUUUGAGUAUAUAUUUAAGAAGCUGGGCACGAUUGCACAGAUGGUGACUGGUGAAAAAAUGAGAAAAAGAAAACCCCAUCCUUCAGGAGUUUUCCCCCAGCUUCAAACCCUUAUGUGAAUCUCAACUGAUGUGGAUAUCUUUACAUUUUAUCGUAGUUUUGAUUUUACAAUAUGAGUUUGAAAAAUCAGUAAAAGUUUUUGUCAGUGAAAAGUCAACUUACUGAGAGCAAGAAUUCAAUUAAUAAGACAUAAACUUCACGAGAUAGAAAAGGAUGCCAAAUGAAGGCAGGAGGGUACCAUGACCAAAGAUAUUUAUGCAAAAUGUGUGAUUAAUGUUUUGGAGAUAUGUUCUUCUGGGCUAAGCUGGGAACUAAAAGCCCUUAAGUCUGUAUUCUUGUUAUGUGUCAUUUAGUAACUCAGGAAUCAGCAUAAUUGUUAUUUCUCUGUCUUUGAAGACUGAAAGGUGUGAUGCAACGAAGGGCUGUCUUGAUAUGUCAUAGAAAAUAAUAAUGAAGCUAAGGGAUGAAUUGUUGAGUUGGAGCAUUAAAAAAUCCGGGUGCAGUCUCCGAUCCACCACUAUCAAUUCAGCAUUUCUUACAAUUUCUUCUUGGGUGGCAUACAAAAGACAAAAUUAAUAAAUGACAUAGUUAUCAACUAUCAAGUUUUGUUACUUUUUUAUGAAAUAAAAGGGUCUAGUUUGUCUGAAAUAAGAAAUUCUGUGAACUUUAAAAAAAUACUUUGAGUCAUCUACUAUCUCUCAGCUAAUGUGCCCUUACCUGCUCAUAAAUUCAACCAACAUUUCUUUCUCUUGUCUUUCUUUCCCACUCCCUUCCUCCUUCUUUUCCCUCGCCCCAUUCACUUAAUUCAACACAUAUUUAUUGAGUGUCCCUUCUUUAGGCACCUAAGGGCCAUGCUGUCACAUACAAGGAUAUCUUGGAAAGAGAUGAUAAUAUGGUAUCAGUAGUUUUGCAAUAGGAGCCUAUACUGUGACUCCAUUGUCAUUUCUGUCAAUGUGAUGAAACCAAAAUAGUUGAAUCAUUCUUUUUGGCUAGUUGAACCAGUGUGAAUUAGCUGCAAACUACAAUUAUUUUCAUUAAAUAUGUAUUGAAAUUCAAGCAUUAUGUAACUGGCACAAAACAUGCUGUACACAAUCCCUUUAUUCAGGUUUAAAUUCAACAUAUUUUAUUGAGCAAGUAGAAUUUGCAGACCAUCAUAGGAAUAUCCACACUCCUGUUACCUCUCUAUCUGUCCAUCAUCCAGCUAUGUGGUUGUCUAGCUGUCAUCUAUUUACUGUUUUAUUUUUACAAAAGAGGGUAAGGUUUACAGAGGGUUUGCCCAAUGUCACUUAGCUAACAUAAGUAGGAAUUCAGAUCCAAGUUUAAGUUUUUUGAUUCCAGGUUUACUGUUCUCCCUACAGCACAGUGGGAUGUGAGACUUAUUACAAUGAUAUGCCAUUUAUAAGACAAUGUGAUCUAGUAAUAAAAGCAUGGGUUUUGGAAUCAAACUUGGAUUUAAAUCUGGCUGUGCCACUCAUUAGCUCUGUGAACUUGAGAAAGUUAAUUAAUUUCAUUUGGUCUCAAUGAAAUAAUCUGUAAACUAAAGACAGUAAUACUUACCUGUGGGGUUAUUGUGAUAAGGUACGUCAAGUGAGUGUAACACAAUAGGUACUCAAUAAGUAUUAACUGUGAUUAAUUCUUUAUCUAGACUUACCUCCAACUGUAUAAUAGGAGCUCUCACUUUCAACUAUAAACUGGCUUCCUGACUGUGUGGGUUGAAAUGUCAUGGACAGAAUCAACAUUAUGUAACAACAAAUCCCUGGAUGCUAUUCUUCUUGAUUCUAAUACCUCAUGGUUACUUUUGCCCACACAAAACCUACUCAUCUCCCACAUGUUCGAAUCUCACCUUGUCCUUAGACCUUGGACAAUUUAAGUACAGAAGCCCCUCCUUAUCUGCAGUUUCAGUUACCAGUGGUCAAGCACAGCCGGAAAAUAUUAAGUGGAAAAUUCCAGAAGAAAACAAUUCAUAAGUGUUAAAUUGUAUGUCAUUCUGAGUAGCGUGAUGAAAUCUCCUAGGGUUCUGCUCUGUCUUACCUGGGACGUGAAUCAUCACUUUGUCCCCCGUAUCCCACUCAUUAGUCACAUGGUAGCCCACUCAGUUAUCAGAUCCACUGUUGAGGUUUUGCAGUGCCUGGGUUCAAACACUUAAUAUGCUUUUUACUUAAUAAUGGCCCCAGGGAAUUCCCUGGUGCUCCAGUGGCUAGGACUCCAUGCUUCCUGCCACCAGCCUGGGGUUCAAUCCCUGGUCGGGGAUCUAAGAUCCCCCAAGCUGCAAGGUGUGGCCAAAAAUAAUAAUAAUAAUAAUAGUCCCAAAGCCCAAGAGUAGUGAUGCUUGGCCAUUCGGAUAUGCCAAAGAGAAAUUGUAAAGUGCUUCCUUUAAGUGUAAAGUGCUUCCUUUAAGUGAAAGUUCUCGAUUUAAUAAGGAAAGAAAAAAAAAUAUGCUGAGGUUGCUAAAAUCUACAUAAGAAGAAGUCUUCUAUUCUUGAAAUUGUGAAGAAGGAAAAAGAGCUUGUACAAUAACUAUUGGUUAUUAUCGUUAAUCUCUUACUGUACCUAAUUUAUAAAUUAAACUUUAAAAUAGGUACUUAUGCAUAGGAAAAAACAUACUAUGUAUAGGAUGCGGUACUAUCUGUGGUUUCAGUCAUCCACUAGGGUCUUGGAAUGUAUUCCCUGAAACUAAGGGAGGACUACUAUGUCUUUGUUAUCUGCUUACCUCUCUCCCCAGCUCUGAAGUUAUACAGUGCUCAUUUCGAUAAUUACUGUAUUAUUCCUUAAAUAUUUUUAUUACGCCUGUCUUUUUCCCUUGACAAAAUUCUAUUUCAUGGUUGACAGACACAUUUCUUAUAUUUUCUUCAUGGGUCUCAUAACACUAGUACAGUAUUUGACACCAUGAAAAAUGGGCUGUAUACACCUGGUUCUUGACUACAUAUAGACCUAUGACUUUUGCAUUGGAAGAAAUAAACUCCUGCCUACUUCUACCAACAUUCUAUUGCAGAGCCAGUGAUUUCAUUCAGCACCACUGCAACCCAGUGUGAAACAAAAUAAACAAAAGCAAAAAAAAUCCAGCUAUGCUGUUCCCAAAAGAGAUUGGGACAGGGUAAUGUGAAGAGGCAUGCCAAGCCAUGCUGAAAUCUCAGAGCCAGGGCAAGGAAAGGAAACAAGGAAUAUUAGGGUUAGAAGACUAAGCUUCCAUCAGAAGUUAUAUUUAUCCAAAUUCUCCCAAGGAAGGAGGAGAAAAUUAAAGUCAUUAUCUUUUGUAUGUAAAUGUGUAUAUGUAUCUUAUAAGGGGACCUUGGUCCACAAAAUAUAUGGAAAUUCAGACAGUGUUCAAUUGGUCUACAUUUUUAGUGUCUACAAGAACGACUUUUAAAAAUUAAAUAAAUAACGAAAACUAGGUUAUAAGGAAACCAUAUAAGCUACUUAAGAGAACAAAAUUUUUUCCAACAUCUUCAGUAGUUGGAAGCACAUUUAAAAGAAGUCUAUUGUUAAGAUAAUUGUAAUUAUUCAGACACCUUAAGGAUCUGAAUAAAAUAUACCUUGCUUGAUAUGCUUUUAAUUAAUUACUAUGAAUACUUAAAUGUUUAACAGCUGUCUUAAAAAAUAUUUGUGCUUAUGUAUUUCAUUAAUCCAGGCUUUUACUAAAUACUUUAAUUCAAAAUAUGUCUAGGCUUACCCCAUGGAUUAAAAUGUUUCUCUCUUUAUUCAUGUUCUAAGACUUUAUUUUAUUGUCAUUAUCUGAAAUGCUUUUUUAUAUAAAAAUAAUUUGUACAAUAUGCAUUUUUAAGAGCUUUUGUAGUUUUUUUUUUUUUUUUUUUAAUACUCAACCAUAUUGUAAGCCCCUUGUGGGCAGGACCUCUGCUUUUGUACCUACAGAGCCUAGCACUGUGGUAAGCACAUAGAAAUUACUCAAUAAAAACUUGAUGGCGAGUCUAA